CAGCUAGCACAGCACAGGAGAAGUCAGCAGCUGAGCUGCCUCUGCCUGCCUGUCUCCUCGCCGCCAUUUCUUCUUCUUGACUUGACUCGACUCGCGGAAUGAAUCUCUCAAUCCAGGGGGAGGGGACGAACGCAACGCGGUCUCGACGCGAAAUUGGCUGCAGCACCUGAUAAGCGAGCGAGCCAGCAGCAUCUGUCGGACAGAUCGGAUCGGAUUCCCUUCCCCUUCCCUUCUCUUGCGCCGGAGGGAAGAAGUAGAGGAGGAGUCGAGGAAGAAGAAGUCUCUCGAGCAGCAGCAGAGGAACCAAGAAGAUGGGGAGCUACGCGUACAAGUACUGCAUGUGCUUCACCCGCAAGUUCCGAUCCCCCGACGCGCAGCCGCCGCCCGACGUCCGCGCCGCUCACCUCUCCUACUGCUGCGGCGGCGGCAGCUCCGACGGCGGCCACGACGGCCUCCGCCGCUUCCUCUCCCUGGUCCAGGGCGAGUCCGCCCCCGACGCCGACCGCAUCCUCGCCACCCUCGCGCGCACUUCGGCGGCUCACGGCGGCAUCGCCCGCCUCGUCACCAGGUCGCCGGCGCCGGCGCCGCCCACGCUCGACGACUUCUUCGGGUUCCUCUUCUCCCCCGAUCUCAACCCGCCAAUCAACAACCAGGUUCACCAGGACAUGUCAGCCCCGUUGCCUCAUUAUUUCAUAUUCACUGGCCAUAAUUCCUACCUUACUGGGAACCAGCUCAAUAGUGACUCCAGCGACAUCCCAAUUAUAAAGUCACUCGAGAGAGGUGUUAGAGUCAUUGAACUCGAUAUGUGGCCAAAUGCUUCAAAGAACAAUGUUGAUAUUCUUCAUGGAGGGACAUUGACUGCCCCUGUAGAAAUGAUCAGAUGUUUAAAGUCCAUUAAAGAAUAUGCCUUUUGUGCAUCCAAUUAUCCCCUUGUUAUUACUCUUGAGGAUCACCUCACAGCGGACCUCCAAGCCAAAGUAGCUGAGAUGCUCACUGAAACAUUUGGAGAUCUUCUUUUCAUCCCUAGUUCAGACCCAAUGAAAGAGUUUCCUUCUCCAGAAGCUCUGAUGAAGAGGAUAAUCAUCUCAACUAAACCCCCACAAGAAUAUAAGGAGUUUCUCAAAGUUAAGGAUAAUCAGAAUGGCAGUGGAAACAUAGCUGAUUUGCCAGACCAAGGAAGCCUGAGAAGAAUAGAUUCAAAUGCUGAUGAAUCUGAUGGAAAGGAUGAACUAGACGAUCAAGAUGAGGAAGAUUCCGAUGAGGACGACCCCAAAUUUCAGCAGGAUACGGCCUGCGAGUAUAGGAAACUGAUCACCAUCCAAGCUGGAAAACCAAAAGGCCAUUUGCGGGAUGCGCUUAGGGUGGAUCCAGACAAAGUCAGGCGGCUUUCUUUGAGUGAAACACAGUUAGCUAAAGCAACAACUUCUCAUGGUGCUGAAGUCAUAAGGUUCACCCAGAAGAAUAUACUCCGAGUGUAUCCGAAGGGCACAAGGGUUAAUUCUUCUAACUAUGAUCCAAUGAAUGCCUGGGCUCAUGGUGCUCAGAUGGUUGCGUUCAACAUGCAGGGGCAUGACAAAGCACUGCGGUUAAUGCAAGGAUUUUUCAGAGCUAAUGGGGGUUGCGGGUAUGUUAAAAAACCUGACUUCUUGCUAGUGACAGGUCCAAAUGGUGAAGUAUUUGACCCCAAGGCGAGUUUGCCAGUGAAGAAAACUCUCAAGGUAAAAGUAUACAUGGGCGAUGGGUGGCGCAUGGAUUUCAGUAAAACUCAUUUCGACGCCUUCUCGCCUCCGGAUUUCUAUACCAGGGUAGGGAUCGCUGGAGUGAAGGCGGACAGCGUGAUGAAGAAAACGCGGGUCCUGGAGGACCAGUGGGUGCCGGUGUGGGACGAGGAGUUCGCGUUCCCGCUGACGGUGCCGGAGCUCGCCCUGCUGAGGAUAGAGGUGCAGGAGUACGACAUGUCGGAGAAGCACGACUUCGGAGGGCAGGCGGUGCUGCCGGUGUGGGAGCUGAAGCAGGGCAUCCGUGCCGUGCCCCUGCACGACCGCAAGGGCGUCAGGUUCAAGUCGGUCAGGCUCCUCAUGCGCUUCGAUUUUGUCUUUGUUUUGUUUUCUCAUGGUCGCGGGUCGCCGCUUCUCCACCUCCCGUCUGCGCUCUGCUCGCCGGCCUCGCCCGCCCUCCUCGUUACCACCGCCGGCUUCUUCCUCCACCGCCCCGCCGCUCGCUGCCUCGCUAGCUCAACUUGCUGCUAUGCCUUUCCCGCCGCUCGCCGUCGCCGGAACCCACGGCCACCACCGCACCGGAAGCAUCGCCACCUAGUACUAGUAGUGCCUGUGUCCCUGAUGCAUACGUCGUCCGACCGCCCCUUGGAGGCCUUGCUCGCCGCCGCCCGCGGCGCCAUCGCCCACCUUCACCUUCCCAUCAUCAUCCACAUCCCUGGAUCCAAUUCCAGGAGCCCCAGUCCCAAUCCCGACCGCCUCCUCCACCUCCACGUCGUCGUCACCAACUUCCUCCACAGGCCCCUCAGGUCACUCGCCAGAUGCUUCCGCGGUGACGACGCCAGGCCUAAGCGCCGGGGAGGCAAACACUCGCGGCCGCUCAGGGACCGGGAGCGGAGCGCUGCAGCCGCCGGCCCGCAGCAGCAGCAGCAGCUGGAGCUCCUCCUCUGCAUUGCGUUCGACGCCUUCGAUGCCUGCAAGCACAAAGGCGCCGAAUUUGGUAUCGCUACCAUACAGUCGAAUCAAUUCCAGCUUCUCAGGAAGGUAAUCGAUGGAAAGAGGGCAGAUUUCGACGGCUUCCUUUCCAACUUGGGCUUCGCAAAGGUCGGGGCACCGCCUCCCCCGGCAGUCAUCAUGGGUGCGGCGGCCCCUGCCCCAGCACCGGUCAGCGACCAGGAGGAGGGUAGUGCUGGAAUCGGGGACAGUGAGGGGGUGGACAAUGCUAGUGGUUCACCACAGUCAGCACAGAAAUUACCUGCACGGCUGCUUAACAUCCCAUUGUCCAAUGUGGAGCGGCUGCGCUCGACACUGUCUGCAGUUUCGCUGACAGAGCUCAUCGAGUUGGUCCCGCAGCUGGUCAGCAGAUCAUCGACAUCACCGGAUGGACACCCAGACAAGAAGAAACUUUUCUCUGUGCAGGACUUCUUCAGAUAUGCAAAGAUUGAAGGAAAGCGAUUCUUUGAAGAGUUGGACAGAGAUGGUGAUGGCCAAGUCACUCUAGAAGAUCUCGAAAUUGCAAUGAGGAAGAGACGGUUACCUAGAAGGUAUGCUCGGGACUUCUUGCGGCGUACCAGAAGCAACUUUUUUUCAAAAUCGAUUGGCUGGAAGCAAUUUUUAUCAUUGAUGGAACAGAAGGAGCCAACCAUUCUCCGAGCAUAUACCACGUUGUGUUUGAGCAAGUCUGGAACACUUCACAAGAAUCAAAUUUUGACUUCCUUGAAGAGUGCAGGCCUUCCUGCCAAUGAAGAUAACGCUGCUGCCAUGCUACGUUAUCUUAAUGCAGAUUCAGAAGGAUCAAUCUCAUAUGGGCAUUUCCGCAACUUCAUGCUUCUACUUCCUUCAGAACGCCUUGAGGAUGAUCCUCGGAACAUUUGGUUUGAAGCUGCUACUGUUGUCGCUGUUCCCCCACCUGUAGAAAUAUCCACGGGAAGCGUUUUGAAGUCUGCUUUAGCUGGAGGCCUUGCUAGCGCUCUCUCUACCUCUCUGCUGCAUCCUAUUGAUUCAAUGAAGACACGUGUCCAAGCAUCUACGCUUUCAUUUCCAGAGCUAAUCUCACAGCUACCACAAAUUGGGCUUCGAGGACUGUACCGAGGUUCUAUCCCAGCAAUUCUUGGCCAGUUUUCAAGCCAUGGUUUGAGGACAGGAAUCUUCGAAGCAAGCAAGCUUGUAUUAAUUAAUGUUGCUCCAACACUUCCAGAGAUUCAGGUGCAAUCAAUGGCUUCAUUCUGCAGCACAGUCCUGGGGACUGCAGUCCGUAUCCCUUGUGAGGUUCUCAAGCAGCGUUUGCAGGCUGGAAUCUUCAACAAUGUAGGGGAGGCAAUUAUUGGCACCGUGCAACAAGAUGGCCUAAAGGGCUUUUUUCGUGGCACUGGGGCCACUCUUUGUCGCGAGGUUCCUUUCUAUGUUGCUGGAAUGUGCCUCUAUGCAGAAGCUAAAAAGGCAGCACAGCAUGUUGCGAAGAGAGAGUUGGAACCAUGGGAAAUUGUAGCAGUUGGAGCAUUGUCCGGAGGACUUGCAGCAGUUGUGACCACUCCCUUUGACGUUAUGAAAACACGGAUGAUGACCGCCCCUCCAGGCACGCCAGUGUCCAUGCAGACGAUAGUGUUGUCCAUCCUUGGAAAUGAGGGCCCCCUUGGGCUCUUCAAGGGUGCGAUCCCCCGCUUCUUCUGGAUUGCUCCUCUGGGAGCAAUGAACUUUGCAGGCUAUGAGCUUGCCAAGAAGGCAAUGAUCAAGGAGGAGAAGAAAACCAUGGUGGGUUACAGAGUCUGACCUACCUACCGUUCGCCCGGUUAACAUGUGAGGUGCGAAGAAGAAACUGAAAGCACGCAGCAGGAGUUUUUCCACCCAUGUUGCAGAGAAGCAGUAGAAAAAAAUCUGCUUUCCUUGUUGAUACUUAGGUUGUCAUAUAUUUUUACACCCCUCUGAGGAAAUUUUGCUGAAUUUCCAUUUCAAUAGGCUUUUGAGAUGGCUGUACAGUACAGUAGAUGAGAAAAGGGGCUAGAGAGGCUAGUGGCACAUGCUAGCUGGAGCUGUUCUUUUGCUGUCGCUUCUUGGUUUUGCUUACGAUGAUCCACAGCUAGCCGUCCUACUGUAAAUCCACUGUUGUACUUACCCUGAUGAUCAUUUUUGGCUUGGAGCUGACUGUUUUGGUGUUUGAAAUAGACCUGAUAAAGUGACAAGAAGAAGAAUAAAUAACAAAUUAAAGGGUGAUGUGAUAGAUGUUGA